GCGAGUAAAGCAAAUGUUCCCAGCUCACACCUAGCUCAGCGAGAAGUAGUAAUAAACUCGGUCACAGUGAGCGAUGCUUCGUGGAUAGAUCCCGAAAGUAUCACUACCAAUGAUUCCCGCGGUCUCGUGCAUAGUGUUCAUGUCACAUUUGACAAGACUUCUGAAGAUUCCUACGAUGGCCGUCGUGGUGAGAGAGCUCCGACUAGCGACAAAACCAUCUCACUUGAGGUGUUUGGGUGAGAGAAAUGGGAGCCGCACCACCUAUAUAAAGCACUCUUUCCCCCACUUCGACCUUCGUCUGCUCCUCUACCUGCAAAUUUCUCGCGCCAACUGUGUUUCCAUUUACAGCCAGCCGUUUUCGAAGGACGACCUACCAUGGCGAGUUCAGAAGGAGAGCCCACGCCCGGCAUCUCCGGCUCAGACAUCCGCGAUGAACCGAUUUCGGAGAGCGAGACAAAAAUCUCCAGCGAAGUCAUCGCAAGCAAUGAGCAGGCCGCGACCGAAGACACGGCAGAAUGUGAGCGUUCUACCACCACUGCCGCAGCUGACACGGCUGGAAUAUUUUCCAAGCUUUCACAAUUUCAUGAUCCUGCAGUCCCUCUGGCUGCAGGAUUCGUCGACGGGCCCAGGUUGACCAAAGAAUGGCCGACGAGGGCAGAGGAGUACAACGAGCUCCACAAAAUCAGCAAAGAAUCGCUCGAGAAGGAAGCGGAGCGCGAGAAGAAGCUAGAGGAAGCGACAGAGGCGGCGAGAAAGUUUCAGAAGGAAGCAUGCGAUAUCCGAGAAGAAUUUGAGGCUUUCAAAGUCACCAUGGAAGAAUCGAAUCGUACCACCCUCGCCAAAGAUCGCAUUUUCGCGCAACUUGACAAUGCAUCGCUCAGAUUGGCGGCGACGAGCAUCUUGUUCGGAGAAAUUGCGCUCGACACCAUACCGCCAUCAGUUCAAGUAGUGAGCGCCAAGGGAGAAGUGACAGUUUUGGAGGAUGGCGAAAUCCGACGGGCCGUAGUCCAGAAAGGUGUUGAGAAAGCGAAAGACUUACUGGGAGAAGUUGCCGCUGAUCUUCUUAUGCUGGCAGCUCCAUUGGCGGGAGGAUACCGCAAUCCUUUCGACAUUCCCCCGGAGGCGGUAGAAGCCGCCAGGAAAAAAGAAGGCGGUCUCUCCGUUGAGAACCUGAAAACCGCAUACAUUGAGCUUACUACGGCGAAUGGACCUGAAGAACGGGAAACAAUUGAUGUCGAAGGAAUGCUCGCUGAUGACUCCGGUGUCCAGGAGAUUGUUCGCCCACGUAUGAACUCGCCUGCUCGUAGCGGAAAUCUUCGUACAGCCUUUGUCAAGAAGGAAUCUACUCCGGUGUCAGGAAUCUCAGUGGAAAGCGACAGGGCAAAGAAGGCACCUCGCGCGAAAAGGGAGAUCAAGAACGAAGAAGAUGCGAAGACACGAUCAUCAAACGCCAUGGAGGAACGCGAUAAGAAAAGAAGGCGCGCAAUAUCUACGGUUAUCGUUGAGCCUACCCCCCAGCGGAUAAGGCUGACUGUGAAGAAACCGACUACUGCCAUGCUCUGGUGGAAGCAUGGCCACGUGGUUCCAGAGCACGCGGAUACCGCACUGGAGAAGCACCAAGGAGAAUCCGCCAUGCGAUGCAAAACAGAGCAUGGUACCGGCUGGGUAACGUAUGGCUCCAAAGCUGAAGGCAGCAAACAGGUCAAUUGUCCCGAAUGCAAUAAGAAAAUGACAGAACCUGCACCUUUCUACUUACCUCCCAAUCGAAUCGUAUACCAGCUGCGCCUCGGAUGGGGCAUCGAUGAGAGAGGAAACGUCUUGAACGAGCACGGAGUGACCAUCGACUUUCCCUUCAACAACAUAACAAACUACGUUGAUGAGGGGAAGAAUGCUGUUGAUGGAUGGAAGGAAGGAAGCACUUACAUGAAGAUACCAGUCCAGGAACAGCCAUCAGGUGGAAAGAAGAACACUUCCCUAGGACCGAAGGCCUCAGAGAAAGUCUCGAGCGCUGACUCUGUCAUGCCGAAUUUCUUCCCAGGAACCCGAAGAUCCGUAACAGGAGUGCGUGGAUUCAAGGGUUACGCGGACAACAUCGUGAACGUGGCAGAUUUUCACGUGAAACGCUUCAAGAAGAGGGCUCCCAAGUUUGAAGAAGAGAUCGGCGGGGCUGGAGUGCUGCAGGUACUGCUCCAGGGUCUGCUGAAGGAAGUACAGAAAAACACCAGUGGUCUAUUUGAUAUCUGCAAAGAUUGGUUCAUUGAACGGGAUAUACGUGAAUGGAAUGAUGACCAGAGCAUCACUAAACUUCAGCAAGACCUCGGAUUGAGAGUACGACCGAAGAAACGCAAGGCAAAGGAGAUGAAGGCAGAGGAUGACGACACCGGAUUUCUUGGCUACCAACCGCGAAAAAACCGCAAGCAGAGUUACGGUGGCGAAGACGACACCGAAAUUGAUAAUGGUCUGAAUGAGUAUAGCUUUGGCGGUUAUAUUGGGUACGACGAGAUGCCCCCAGAUCAAUAUGGGUUGUGAAGGCGAACAGGGAAACAUGAGCGCCAGCGUGUGAAAAGCAAAGAAAUGCGGUCUUAGCGGUCAGAGGUGCCGCAGUUGAGGUAAAGAUCCGACAAAAAUGUCUGUCGAUCUAGGCAAUCUUACUCAAGUCGAGCAACCCGCAGCAGCCUAGGUGGAACGGGGUCUAAGGAAUUCGCUGCAGCUUUGGGUGAAUAUAUAGAACAAAAAAAUCCUAGAUUGAGCAAGGCUGGCUAGGUGUUAAGGAACUUGGAC